AUGAGUGUUCGCUUAUCAUACGGCGCAAGCCUUGCGUCAAUCCCAAGAUGUUUCGACUUGAAAUCUUCGAAGAUUACUGUAAUGGGGGAUGAUCAUUCUGGAAAAACUUCUCUGGUUCGCAGUUGGCUAGGUAGUUCAUUUCAAAUAUCAGAUGCUAAUCGUUAUAGGGUUUCGGACCUCUACCACAAGACAAUCCAAUUUGAUACUUUGGUAAAAUACUAUCGUACCUUUGGCGUAAAAGGACAGUUGCCGAAUUAUGCGGGUUUCAAAGCUAAAAACUCUGGCACAAUUUAUGAAAGUUGUGGCAAUUUCCUAGAAGAGCGCCUGAUCAAUGCCAAUAAAUCGACUGCUCAAAGACGCACCAGUAUUGAUGUUCAAGUUUUUGAUACCAAUCAAAUGGAGGUUUCGUACCUUUCGGAGCUAACUACUCUUCAAAUUAGGCAGUCUGAUGCAAUUAUAUUAUGUUUCGAUUCUACUAAUGACAGCUCUCUUGCCAGCUUAGAGUCUUAUAUUUGUAUUAUUCACCACGUACGUUUGGAAUGUGAAUUGGAUAUUCCAAUUAUUAUAGCGUGUACGAAAUGUGAUCUUGAUUCGGAAAGAACAAUUACUCAUGAAAAGGUUUUAACAUUUAUCCAAGAGCUGGGUUUCUCGCCAGGCAAUUUAGACUAUUUUGAGACAUCCUCCAAGUUCAAUGUAAAUGUUGAAGAUUUGUUCUUGGCAGUAUUAUUGAAAAUUGAAAAAUCUAAAAGUGAUCGCAGGAAACUUUUGUAA